UCAGGGGCGUGGUGUGAUUGGACCACGUGAUUCAGGUGCGGCCAAAAGUCCACAUUAGAAAAGCAGACAGUAGGUCUCCGUCGUGAUUUGAUCGGAAAAGCCCACGGACAGGUGUCACAAUGGAUUUCAACCUGUCAGCAGCUUUAGACGACAAUGACUGUGAGGUGAAGAAGGAGGACGCACAGAAAGACGAGUUCAGUUUACCAUGGAGCAAGAAUAAAGACAAGGAUAAGAGUGACAGCAAGCACAAGUCAGACAGUAAGGACAAGUGUGAAAGUAAGGACAAGAAGAAGUCAAAGGACAAAGAUGGCCACGGCCACAAGAAGAAGUCGAAGCACAAGGAUGGCCACGGCCACGGCGACAAGAAGAAGCACAAGAAGAAGAAGGACAAAAGGGAGGGAGGAAAAUCGGGCAGCUCCUCAGGCAGUUCAUCUUCCUCCAGCAGUGAUGAGGACUGAUUCUUCCUGGAAGACUGGACUUCUCUGUUUGUCUCUUCACAAUUGUGUCUGUUGAGUCUGUGUGUGUGUGUGUGUGUAUGUGUUUGUGUAUUACCAACUUUUUUUUUUUUUUUUUUUUUCCUUUCACCGGUGUCACAGAAACACACUGGUCUUGUGUAA